AGGCAGAGCGACAGGAUUCGUCAGGCAGUGCUGAAGAAAUGAAGAUCAUACUAGCCCUCACGAUCGCCACGGUUAUCUCCCUUGUUGAUUCGAACGAGGAGUUGGGAACAGAUGCUGAUAGAGACAAGAGAAGUUCCACAUUAGACCGAAUGCCUUUACACUAUGGAAAGAGAAUACCCUCCAGAUCGCUCCGGUCCGUCUUAGACAGAAUGUCAGUUGGAUAUGGGAAGAGGGAUUCAAAUGAAGGAUAUGAAAGGGUACUAACGACGGUUGAGGAAUUGGCAGCUAUGAUUUCUUCACAACCAGAGUUGGCACAGAAGUUUGUUCGCAGCUUCAUUGAUACAAAUGGUGAUGGACUUGUCAGUGCGAGUGAGAUCAGCGGGGAUGAACCAAUGUGAAUGCUAUAUCACGGGGCCAUGGUUCCAUCCAUCAACAACGUCCCGCUCUCUGCGAGUAAAUGCAAGCUUAUCCUCGGGCAAAAUCUCUCCGCAUGCACACCACGUUUAAACAAUUCUCCUGAUACUUCAUUAAAUGAUAAGAGACUCGGAACAGAUUGAUUUCUCCCCAUACAACAUUUCGAAUAUCAGUUGUGUCUCAAAGAUAGUUUGUUAAACGUUAAUGUAGUUACCCAUGGCAACAGCGAAACCAUCGCCGAUCUACCGGGACUUUGAAAAAUCAACGUGGCUGAAAUGUAAAUAACAAAUGCCGCAUUUAUUCAGUCGCCCACAAGAAAUAAACAUCUUUUUCUAUGUGAAA